CCAAGGGAUGAGUGGGGGCCCACCUUCCCAAUGGCAUCUCCCCCCGGUCUGGAACUGAAGACACUGCGUAAUGGCCCCCAGAUCCCAAGGAGACCAGCUCCUCUGGGCCCGGCGGCUGCGCCCAGGGAGGGUGUGGAGAACGUCUGCUUUUCCUCAGAGGAGCACGAGACCCAUUUCCAGAACCCAGGGGACACCAGACUGGGUAGAUCCCCCAGUCCCCCGGCGGGGGGCCCCUCACGGCCCCGAUCCCAGCGAUCCCAGCGGGACGAUCUAUCCCUGCGUUCUGAAGAGGGGCCGGGCCUGGAGCCCGUGAGCCGCCCAGUGGAUUACGGCUUUGUUUCUGCUCUGGUUUUUCUGGUGAGUGGGAUCCUCCUGGUGGUGACAGCGUACGCCAUCCCCCGUGAGGCCCGCGUCAACCCUGACACAGUGACGGCGCGGGAGAUGGAACGACUAGAGAUGUACUAUGCCCGCUUGGGCUCCCACCUAGACAAGUGCAUCAUCGCGGGCCUGGGGCUGCUCACUGUGGGCGGCAUGCUUUUGUCAGUGCUGCUGAUGGUCUCCCUGUGCAAGGGGGAGCUGUAUCGCCGGCCCACCUUCGUCCCUGGCAGAGGCUCCCGGAAGACCUAUGGCUCCAUUAACCUGCGCAUGAGACAGCUCAGUGGGGAAGGGGGCCAGGCGCUGGUGGAGAACGAGGUUGUCCAGGUCUCAGAAACCAGCCACACCCUCCAGGGCUCUUAA